CUGAGCAGAGUUUCUUCUAGCAGUACUCCUCUGUAUAACUGAAGUCUACAUGUCCGUUUCAGACUUGGCAAGAGAGGAAGAAGAUGGAGGCGGCUCUGCUGAGCGGAGAGGGCGGCGGAGGCGAUUCCAGGUUCAACAGGAGAGGCGCGUUCCACCGUCGCUCUGAUGCUAUCGUCUACGGCUCUUCUUACCAGAAGGCCGCUGCUCUCGUCGAUCUCGCCGAAGAUGGAGUGGGUAUACCGGAGGAAAUCCUUGAUCAAUCCAACUUCUCAUCUGUUGCAAACUCAUACUUCAUUUUUACUAAAUUUGAUUUACUGUGGUCUGUGAAUUAUUUUGCUCUUGUCGUCCUCAACUUCCUUGAGAGGCCACUAUGGUGUUCCAAGCCGUCGUUGCAUUCUUGUAGUGAUAGAGAAUACUACUUUCUAGGGCAGCUUCCGUACUUGACAGCCACUGAAGCUCUGGUUUAUGAGGUUGUUACCCUUGUAAUUCUCAUGGCCCAUAUUUUGUAUCCAAUAUCAUAUGAAGGCAUUCAGAUCUACUGGAAAAAUGUCAUCAAUGGGCUGAAGGUUACAAUGCUGUUAGCUUUGAUUCUGGAUCAGUUGGCAUAUGUUUUGGCUUUAGCCAGAAUAUAUUAUCUUCCAUUCAGAGCUGCACCAUAUCUCCGUGUUGCCUUUUUCAUUUUAAAUAUCAGGGAGUUAAGAGACUGCAUCUACAUCCUUGCUGGAAUGUCUCGUACCUAUCUCAAUGUUAUGGUUCUGUCACUUCUAUUUCUUCUAUUCUCUAGCUGGUUAGGAUAUGUCAUCUUUGAGGACACCCUGCAGGGGAAGACCAUAUUUACUUCAUAUGGCACAACUUUGUAUCAAAUGUUUGUUUUAUUUACCACUUCUAACAACCCAGAUGCGUGGAUUGCAGCAUACAAGGAUUCUCGAUGGUAUUGCCUGUUUUUUGUUCUCUAUGUGCCAUUGGGCGUGUACUUUGUCACAAACUUGAUCCUUGCUGUUGUGUAUGAUUCUUUCAAGAGUGAGCUUGUAAAACAAGUUGCAAAGAAGGAUCAACUGAGGUUAAGAAUAUUGAAGAAAGCCUUUAGCUUGAUUGACAAAUAUAACUCUGGAUUUCUCAACAAAGAUCAAUGUAUCCUUCUUUUUGAGGAACUGAAUAAUUACAGGACUCUGCCAAAAAUAUCAAGAGAGGAUUUUGAGUUAAUAUUUGAUGAGCUGGACGAUAGCCGUGACUUCAAGAUUGAUCUGAAUGAAUUUGCUGAUCUAACUAAAGCUAUUGCUCUAAAAUUUCAGAAGGGGGAUUCUCCACCAUGUUUUGAAAGGUUUUCAAAUAUCUACCAUUCACCAACAUCAGAGAAGUUAAGGGACUUUGUAAGAAGUGCAAAGUUUGAAUACGUAAUAGUGUUGAUUCUCGUCAUCAAUUUUGUUGCUGUUGUAAUUGAGACCACGCUUGACAUAGAGGAUAGUUUGGCUCAAACAUUUUGGCAGAAGAUAGAAUUUGUGUUUGGGUGGCUUUAUGUGAUUGAGAUGGCAUUAAAAAUCUACACGUAUGGAUUUAAGAACUAUUGGAGGAAUGGCCAAAACUGCUUUGAUUUUAUUAUCACUUGGGUGAUAGUUAUAGGAGAAACCACCACUUUUGCUGCUCCAAAUGGGCUAACCUUUCUCUCAAAUGGGGAAUGGAUACGGUAUCUUCUUAUUGCAAGAAUGCUACGAUUGAUAAGGCUCUUGUUGCUAGUUCGGAGUUAUCGUGCCUUCAUUGCAACAUUUUUGACUCUCAUACCAAGUAUUAUGCCGUACUUGGGGACAGUAUUCUGUAUUUUAUGCAUUUAUUGCUCGCUUGGUUCACAGAUCUUUGGAGGAAGUGUGAAUUCUGGGAAUCCCAAAUUGAAUGAAACUGAUCUUGCUGAUAAUGACUAUUUGCUUUUUAACUUCAAUGAUUACCCAAAUGGAAUGGUGACUCUUUUCAACUUAUUGGUGAUGGGAAAUUGGCACUUUUGGAUGCAGAGUUACAAGGAUUUGACAGGGAGUUGGUGGAGCUGCGCCUACUUUAUCAGCUUCUAUGUUAUAUCUGUACUAUGGCUACUAAAUUUGAUUGUCGCAUUUGUGUUGGAGGUUUUCCAAGCGGAGAUGGAGCUGGAGACUUCAGCAAUGUCUGAGGAGGCAGAUGCUGCAAAGGACGAACCAGUAAAGCACCGGCCACGCACUAUUGGUGCAAAAACACGAAGCCAGCGAGUGGAUGCAUUACUCCAUCAUAUGCUGAGCUCUGAGCUACCACCACAGAGCUCCAGCCCCCCAUAGUUCUCUUCUCUCCAUUACUGUGCUACUGCUGCAUUUGUCCAGGCCAGUAAGUAAUCAACAAUCACAGCUCACAAAACUUUCUGUUGAGAUUCUCAAUGUCUGCUUCUUCCAAGACAAUGGUUUCCUGUUCCAACAUUUUGGUUGUUUCAGGAACGGCGAAGAAACCGACAAGAGAUAAAAUUCCAUUGCCCAAAUGACUUAGGAGCCUGUAUUAUGUGCAGUGCACAUGCAAAAAUAGUUCACCCUUCUGUCUCUCGCAUAUACAAAUGUAGGUGUACCUUAGUGAGAUGGAGUCAUAUACUCCCUCCGUCCUAUAAAACAUGAGAUGUUUUGUUUUUUGAAGAGAUCUAAAGGAGUGUAUUUUGGUAUUGAAUUUUCAAAAAUGCCCUUUGAUGUGAUGGGUAAAAGUAGGAUUUAAUAGGUAGAUUAUUAGUAAAAAGGUAUGAUGUGA